AUGAGCACUAACUUUACGGUCAGCACCGGGCGCGGUGGCGCAGGGAAUAUGCUAACGACCAGUGAAUCACCCACACCAAAAUUAGUACCUUCAGGAUCACAGACGCCAGUGUUAUUGCAAGCUGUUUAUUCGACAGGACGAGGUGGUGCUGGAAAUAUGAGGCAAAAUAUUGACCCGCAAUUAACUAGAAUGGCUCAAGAUGUUGACGACGAUAUUGACGUGCGGGUGGAUCAUCUGUCGGAAAAUGAUAAUGAACUCAACAAAAUCCAUUCAAUGGCUACUUCUCACGGUAGACCUAAAACUCCUCCACAGACAUUAGUUAUUGGUAGGGGUGGAGCCGGUAAUAUUCUUGAGUCAAAGAAAUCUAAUGAAAGGCAUAAAAAAAGGAACGAGUCAGGAAGCCUAUUUAAAAAGUUCAAACUAAAGAUCAGUCGUCUGUUUUGUUGA